AUAAGAUGGCUUGGUGGGCAAUUAAACCAACGUGUGUUUUUGCUUUGUAACGAAACUUCGAUGGCAAGUGGAGCAGCAGAAGACGCAGUACGACGUUGCAAAGCGAUCGCCGAAUACCAGAAAAACCUUCUCCAGCAUAAGGAGCUCGAAUCCCGAGUACUCGCUGCGAGAGAGAAUUUGCGUGCUUCGAAGGAGGAAUUUGCCAAGAAGGCCAAAAACGAAGACGAUCUCAAGUCGCUUCAAAGCGUUGGGCAAAUCAUCGGCAAAGUUCGUAGGCCUCUUAAUAAUGAACGCCUGAUAGUGAAAGCAAGCAGUGGGGGGCCAAGAAAAGCAGUGAUAGUGAAAGCAAGUAGUAAGGUCGAUGAGGAAGUUGUAUUGGGGAAUGAAUUAGGCGGAGAAGAUGGUGGUGGGGGUGGCAAAGAAGGUGAAGAGAAGGACCAGGAGGAGAAAAGCCAUUGAUGGAGAAAAUGGUGUUAAUGGCAAGAAGGAUAUAAAAAAAUUGGAACUUUAUUGUUUUCUGUGAUUUUACUUUUUAAAAUAUAUAUAUCUCCACCCCUCCUGGGUUUAGGAAGUCUUUUUUUUCUUUGGAUUUAGCUUGUUUAAACAAGAAAAAUUAUGAUCUUUUAAAUAAGGCAUAUAAUUCCUUCAAAUUCUAUUAAGUUGGUCUACAUCGGUAUCACCAAUAAUUUUCCCUGAAUUUCAACUCCAACUUAGUAGGGUGAUAAUGGAGUCUAGCUUAUCAUAUAGAAAUCAUGAAUACAAAGUUUGUUUAAGGGAUAAACACAAUGUCUUUUUAGAACAUAGAAAAUAGCUAAGCUGCAUUACACAAUUGUAUUUUAAGUAAACAUAAAUCAAUUGACCCAAAUAUUAACACAAAACAAGUAAAAGCAAAAUUUUUGCACAAUUUAUUUUAUAAUUUUUUUAAUGAAAAUGAUAAUUCUAUCCCUAUUUCAAUUUAGGACGUAUAGGUGCCUCUAAAAAAUAAAAAUAAAAAAGACAUAAUUGCAAAAAUACCCAUAAUAAAUAAAUUUAUUUAAAUGAUAGUAAUAUUGUUUUAUUAUUAUUUUGAAGAAAAUAUUAAUUCGGAUUAAAUUAGUUGAAAAAUGAAAUAAUGGGUAUGCCAAAAGAAAUUUUUGGUCAAAUUAAAAUAAUUUUUAGUUGUUAAUUGAUUUUUUUUUUUAGUUUUUUUAUUGAUUUAAAUGAAUUAUUUUCAAAUUUUAAAUAAUUUGACCGAGGAUUUUGUAAAAUACACCAAAUAAAUAGUAUAUAUGAUCUCUAAUCUUCCGAACAUAAAAAAAUUAUCCAGACCAAAAAAAAAAAAAAAAAGAUUUAGUUGGUUUUAUUUUUUCUUUUCCCCUUUUGCAAGUAAGAAAUAUAAGAAUAAGAAGACGGCUUGUUGAGCAGUUGAUAUAUAUACAUUAACGUGCUUUGCUUUGUUGCUCAGUUUUCUCCUUCUCCUUUGGCACUAUUUAAAAAAAAAAAGAAAAAUAAUAAAAAGUUGGAACGAUACUACGAUGGCGAGUGAAGCAGAAGAAGCAGUACGACGUCGCAAAGCGAUCGCCGAUUACCGGAAAAAGCAGCUUCUGAUUAAGGAGCUCGAAUCCCGAAAACACGCAGAUAGACAGAAUUUGCGUGCUACGAAAAAGGUAUUUGCCAAGACCGAAGACGAUCUCAAGUCGUUUCAGAGUGUUGGGCAGAUAAUAGGCGAAGUUCUUAGGCCUCUUGAUAAUGAACGCUUAAUAGUGAAAGCGAGCAAUGGACCAAGGUAUGUGGUUGGCUGCCGCAGUCAAGUGGAUAAAGAGAAAGUCACUGCAGGGACUCGUGUUACCCACGAUAUGACUACUCUAACUAUCAUGCGAGUUCUUCCCCGUGAAGUUGACCCAGUUGUGUAUAAUAUGCUUCAUGAAGAUCCUGGUAAUGUUAGCUACUCUGCUGUGGGAGGGUUGUCGGAUCAGAUUCGAGAGUUAAGGGAAUCUAUAGAGCUGCCUCUUAUGAAUCCUGAGCUCUUUCUUAGAGUGGGGAUUAAACCUCCCAAGGGUGUUCUCCUCUAUGGACCUCCUGGAACUGGGAAAACAUUACUGGCAAGAGCAAUUGCUAGCAACAUAGAUGCAAAUUUUUUGAAGGUUGUGUCCAGUGCCAUCAUUGAUAAGUAUAUUGGUGAAAGUGCGAGAUUGAUAAGGGAGAUGUUUAAUUAUGCCCGUGAUCACCAACCUUGUAUCAUUUUUAUGGAUGAGAUUGAUGCUAUUGGUGGCCGCCGAUUCAGUGAAGGGACCAGUGCUGACCGUGAAAUUCAAAGAACACUUAUGGAGUUGCUUAAUCAAUUAGAUGGAUUUGAUCAGCUUGGGAAGGUUAAAAUGAUCAUGGCAACCAACAGACCUGAUGUUCUGGACCCUGCACUUCUUCGUCCAGGAAGACUAGACCGGAAAAUAGAGAUUCCAUUACCAAAUGAACAAUCAAGAAUGGAAAUUCUAAAAAUCCAUGCUGCUGGCAUUGCCAAACAUGGAGAAAUUGACCAUGAAGCGGUCGUGAAGCUUGCUGAGGGAUUUAAUGGUGCUGAUCUUCGGAAUGUUUGCACUGAAGCUGGAAUGUCUGCUAUUCGUGCUGAAAGGGAUUAUGUCAUACAUGAGGACUUCAUGAAGGCUGUGCGGAAAUUGAAUGAAGCAAAGAAGCUCGAAUCCAGUGCUCAUUACAAUGCAGAUUUUGGCAAGGAUUAAAAAUGAAUUUGAACCUGCCCGAGAGAUGGAUUUUGGGACUGAAAGCGAGCGCUAUUUGUUGUUUUGUUGUGGGAGACAUGAUUGGCGGUAGCACAUAUCAGUUCCAACCAGAAAUGUGCCACCGCAUUCUGGUCUAUCAGUUGCUUUUCUGGUUAAUAUUUAUGGUUCAACCGCAGCUGUAUCAAAGAAGUGCUUAAUUUUUCUUAUUUCUCGUCUCUGUAGGAAGCAAAUAAAGAAUAUGAUUAUGGAUGAAAUUAUAAGAAAACAAAAGCUUACCUAA